CGCAGCACUCUAGGUAACCACUUUGCACGAGCUUGUGUUACCUAGGAGCUCAUCGAGCACGAUGCGUCGGCUUUCGAGGAGCACGGUAGUGCUGGUUCUGGCUGCGUAUUCUGCCCCUGGAUGUUUCGCGGAGCAGCUGCCAUCUCUGACGGAGACCUUCAAGGCCGUCAUCUUAUCACACCAGCGACCGCCAUCUUCUCCCGGGCCUCCUGCCACCGGCGCAGCGGCGGUGCCGGCGACGGCAGCGCACCCCCUCGCCCCGGUCGGUGCCGCGGCCUACCCCGCGGGCAUAGAGCUAGCGGCGGAGGCACUCGCUGACGACCUCGUGCAGUCCUUGUCCGAGCUCUUCGUGCGCGAAAGGGCGGCGACGGCGAGGGAGCUAUCUCCAGCCGCGGCGGAGUGGACUCUGGCGAAGCUGACGGACGUCUCUCUCGAGCCUUGGCACAAGGAGGUGAAGCGGCGGGACCCGGAAGGGCUGAGGCUUAGGGGAACAGCGGGAGUAGCGCUCGAGGGUUCCGAGGCGGUCGGCGGGGCGAGCGGGAACGCCUCUCCCCCGGCGGAAGCGGAAACCCGUGGAUUGUUUGAGGAGGAGGGGGGAUGCCUCGGGCUGGCGGGGAGCGCGGGGGCGCUGGAGUUCGGGGAGGAAGACUUCCUCCAGAUUGAGAGCACGUGGGUGAACAUUGCCAUGACCAGCGUCUGCGUGGUGUGCGCCGGGCUCGCCGCUGGGCUGACGAUGGGCCUGCUGUCCAUCGAGCCGCUCGAGAUGGCCAUCAAGCAGCGCAGCGGCACCCCGGAGGAGCAGCAUCAGGCAUCGCGCAUCCUACCCCUCGUCAGCCGGCACCACUUCUUGCUGGUGACGCUGCUGCUGUUCAACAGCCUGGCCAAUGAGGCGCUUCCCAUCUUUUUGGGGAACCUGGUUCCCUCGUGGCUUGCCGUCAUCCUGUCGGUGACUCUCGUUCUCUUCUUCGGAGAGAUCUUCCCUUCCGCCGUCUUCACGGGGAAGAACCAGCUCGCCAUCGCUUCCGGCAUGUCCUGGCUCGUGUACACCCUCAUGAUGGUGCUCGGGCCCGUGGCCUGGCCUAUCGCGUGGAUGCUGGACCGCGUCUUGGGCAUCGAGGGGUUCAAGAGGUACAACCGGGCCGAGAUCUCCGCGCUCGUUGAGGUGCAGCAGGAGCUGUCCUGCGAGGACGUCACCAACCUCCCCCUGAGCGAGCGGUGGAGCUUUGCCCAUCCUCACUGCGUGACGCGAUCCUUAGGGGAAAGGCGAAGUAGAGGCUGCGGUCAACUGUUUUCUGCCUGGGUAUCAACGAGAGGCUGGAUGCGAACACCAUGGCCGAUAUCAUGGCGGCCGGCUACAGCCGCGUCCUCGUGUACGAGGGGGAGGACACCAGGAACAUCCGCGGCUAUCUGCAGGCGUGUGAAGAAGCUGAUCGUGCUCAGCCCGGACGAUGAGCGCGUCAUCAGCUCGCUCAUGCUGCGCGUGCCCGUGGUGGUUUCCCCCAAGAAGAGCCUGCUCGAGCUGCUCAACACCUUCCAGACCGGAAAGUCUCACCUCGCCCUUGUCAGCUCAUCCCCCGCCAUCACUCUCGAGUCUCUUAAGCGUGGUGUCCCGCUAGAGGGGGCCGCGAGGCCCAUGGGCAUCAUCACCCUGGAGGACAUCAUCGAGGAGAUCAUCCAAGAGGAAAUCAUGGACGAGAGCGACCGCCUGUCCCGGUUCAUCGAAGACCGCGCGAAGGACACCCUGUUGAGGUUCGCCAGGAGGAGGCAGGAGCGUCAGAGCGUCGGCCAGAUCAAUCCACGCUUGGCAUCCUUCACCACCCCUCGCAGACUCGAGACCGAAGAGACCAAGCUUCUCAAGCACCUCGGCGCCAAGAGCGGCCCUCCGUCCUCCCGGGGCAACGCCCCUCCGGUCUCCCCUUCGUACCAGUCCAUGGAGGGCGGCAACAGCUGCGGGGCCCCCCGCAGCCGCUCCAACAGCCCCGACAUGUUCUCCUCUUCCCCGCUUGCCGCGCCCGGGCUGGACGAGCGCGCCUCGCUCUUGACGGGUUCUGCACGGGGCUCCAACAGGCAAGAGCGCCUAGACGGCACCAAGAGCGCCAAGAGAGGGAGCGCGACGGUGGGGCAGGCGAUGAUUGCGGCCGCGGCGGCGGCGGCGGGGAGAGUCAGCAGAGAGACCAGCGCCCACAGCGAGAGGUCCACCUCUUCGCUGCUCAGGCUUGCCACCGCGGCAUCGUCGUCCGUGAACAGCGCCGGCGAUGCGCCUUCCGAGACGGCCGCGGCGGCGGCGGAGGCGGCGGCGGCGGCAGCGCUGCUUGGCGCCGAUAGUUCGGGAACGGGGGCUAACGGCGCCGAAACGUGAUGGUCUCGCGCACAGCGGUACCGUAGUGUUUUUCCCCCAUGGGGAGGAACACACCAUUUUGAGUGGAGAUUGCGCACGCCCAGCAACGGGCUGGCAGGAAGCGCCGGGGGGGGGGGGGGGGGGGGGGGGGGAGUGACGAGGUCCGCGAGGUCCGCGCCAGGAAGAGCGGCAAGUGGUGACUAUCUAGCAAAGGAAUUGUCUUCCGCCGGGUGUCCGUAAGUUCCGCGCAGGGUUUCGGAAAUUGUCACAGAACUCCCGGAGAAUCGGUUGGGGUUCGGAAGUUCCACCGAACUCAAGAAAAAAAAAUCGGGCGUGUGAGCUGGUCUACAGAACUCACAGAGCGCUUCAGAUACCUUCACACAAACGUUUACCGCACCUGUUCCCGCGCCACGGGUUUUGUCACUUGUCCCGGUAUGUUCGCUGUUUUCGGCGUACUGCACACUUUGUUCCCUGUGUUGUGUUAUUUUCGUUGUGCCCGCACCCUCGGUAUAAAGAACUCACAGAACUUCCGAGUAGAGAGGGUGUGCAGGAGUUCCGACUAGGGUUUCGGAACCGGCACAGACCUCACGGAAGUUACCGUAGAUGCCCCGGUAGAACGAGAAUACCCGCGGCGCUUCUGUACGUACCCUACGGACACCCGUUUCUGCGCAUUUCGCUUUGGCAUUGCCCUCCGUCGGCACUGCGGUUGGGUUCAGGGGUGUCGGUGGAAUCAGCCGAGAGCUUGCGUUGGGAGGGGGGGGGCGGGGGGUGCGUUCCACCUGUUGGGUGGUGGUGCUUGUUAUGUAAGCCUAGUGGUUUUAUUUUUCUGUCUUUGCAGUGUUUUCGACCCGCCAGGUUUUGUUUCAAUUUUCGGUACUUGGUAGUUUUUUCGACCUCGAGAUUCGACUUAUCCCAAAGGAUAGAUGAAGGUGGCUAUCGCAGCGUCGACCGCGGUAGCUUGCGCGUUGUUGCGUCAUACAUAUGGGGCCACGGAAUCGAACGGGUAUCAGGGGGGCACGGGGAAUGGUCACGCAGUAAGAAGCGGGGGGGGUUCACUCGCAGCUUCAGUACGUUUUGUGCGACAAGAUUUCGUGUAGACAAGCGCACGGCAUGUUGACAGGGAGGCAGCUGUAGCAGCAGUCAUCGGAACACUGAAUAGCCCUCAUGGCCGUAUUGGUGUAAUUGUUUUCACCCCAUCUAUUCUUGCGCCAGUCGGUACCAUUCGGUAUUGUAAGUUUAGGACGUCUUUAUUGUACCCUCAAGUUUAUCGCUUUUCACCACAGAUUUGGUUGCAAAGUGCUGUACUCACGAGAGAAAGUAAGUAACCCACAUUCCACCAGCUGCUGUUUGGUAGGUUGGCGAGGUUACGCACUACGUGGGCACCGGUGGUAACGUAGGUGUGUGACUUAUUUUGUUUUUGACAGAAAUCGGGGGCGAGUUGGGGGAGCUUCUUGGUACCAAAUCAGUGCCCCUCGUCCCACUACGUUGUGGUACGGUAACUUUGGAAGGUGAGCAUGACUUAUUCGGUAAAGUGCGCGCGGAUGGGACCAAAAAGACAACAAAACCCGCUCAAUGUAAUAAUGCCCCGUCUGUUUCACGCCUCUCACGGAGACCAGAGGCGGAGAGAGAGAGAGACAAAGAAGGGGAAUCAAGCCAGACUUCGGUCCAUGUUCCUUCGCAUCAAAGUUCGUUCUGACCUCAUUUGUACAAACUGACUCUCGACGGCAAAUAAGCGAGUCUCUGUGGUGACGAACUACCGCGACCUAGGAACUAACAAUACAAUAACUGCAACACAAAACCGGGAGACAAAAUACAAGAACCUACGGGCAUUGCGGAGGUGACUUUCUGAACACAACCACACGCAACGCACGAAGACCAACACCUAGCCCUCAUUGCUUCCUUCACCAACUGACGCCUUUCCUCAUUUUUCAAAACCUAUCGCCACCACAAAACUGCGGGCACCUUGCUCUCUCUCUCUCUCUCUCUC